CGAGUGGUCAGUCAAUAUCAUCAGCGAGAGAGCUGACCAUUACUCUCUUUUCUCUCUGAGACGCCUCCGAGAAGGUAAGAGGGGCGAAGAAGAGAUACGGAAAUAACACGGAAGUGGAAUCGCCAUGGUGGAAUCUGGGGAGAAUCCUGCAUGGCUUGAGGUAUUGAUGAGGGAGAAGUUCUUUAACGCUUGUUUGGUUCACGAAGAAGCCAAGAAGAACGAGAAGAACAUUCUCUGUCUCGACUGUUGCUUCAGCAUCUGCCCUCACUGCUUCACCUCCCACACCUCUCACCGUCUUCUUCAGAUAAGAAGGUAUGUUUAUCACGACGUUUUGAGGUUGGAGGAUGCAUCAAGGUUAAUGGACUGCUCUUUUAUCCAGUCAUACAUAACGAACAGCGCAAAAGUGGUAUUCAUCAACCAGAGGCCUCCGACCAGACAGUUCCGAGGUUCCGGCAACAUUUGCUGCACCUGCGAACGCAGCCUCCAGUCUCCUUAUCUUUUCUGUUCCAUCUCCUGCAAGAUUGAUGACGUCAUGAAAAGACAAGGGGACCUCUCAGGGUUUCUUCGUGACUGCAAGUACCUUCCCUUAACGGAAAAUGCAUUAGACGACGGACUGAUGACGCCGGACUCCACUCUCGAACCGGUCGGGUCGGCCCGGACGUCUUCCGGGUCGGGCGGCUACGGCGGCGUGGUCUGGUGCCGGACUCUCGCUUGCACCGCAGCGACGACCGAGAUCGUUCGGAGGAAGAGGAGCAACUCGGCCGCAACUUGCCGGAGGAUCACGGCGGCGUCUUCUACGGCUCCGGGAGCUCCGGCGAGUUUGUUGAACAGGAGGAAGAAUACGCCGCCGCAAAGGGCUCCGCUGUAUUGAAGAUUCUAGGUCAUACGGACGGGCUAGGGAAUGGUGACUAUAACAAACAAGUGUAGUACACAUACAUAUGGUUGUCGUCGUCCAUAUUUUAAUAUAUCUGUAUUUAAAUGGAGAAGAAAAAGGGGAGAAAUACUAGUGUU